CAGCCCGCGACGCCACCGUGGUUUCCAUGGUACUACUGUUGACGACAGCUGCAGCCUCUCUGAUCGCUAACUAGUAGCUAGUAGCUUAUAUCACAGUCUAACGAAACUGUUCAACUUAUCUGUUUUUUGUUUUUUUGGUUUUUUUUUGUAAACAACUGUUUGCAACCGUCAGCAGUGAGUCAUUUGGAUUGAACAGAAGGUUUCGGUGUAUGUUGGAUUGCUUGAUAGCCGACGACGGAGAGCUAAGUUAGUUAGCUAACCGUUAGCUAGCUACGAAGAAGGGGACUCUGUCAGCAAGCAAGCUUCAUAUUGGUCAAGAUGAGCGAACAGCUAAAAUUCAUCGUCGAACAACUCAACAAGGACCCAUUUAAGAAAAAUUUCAACCUCAUCACGUUUGACUCCCUUGAACCGAUGCAACUGCUGCAGAUUUUGAAUGAUGUUCUGGCUGAAAUAGACCCAAAGCAAGCUAUAGAUAUCCGUGAGGAAAUGCCUGAACAAACUGUGAAGAGAAUGUGUGCUCUGCUGGGGAUGCUGAAAUACAAACCUCCUGGAAACCAGUCUGAUGUGAGCAGCUUUAGACAAGGCUUGGUGAUUGGCAGCAAGCCUGUGGUCCACCCUAUCCUCUACUGGCUGCUACAGAGGGUCCCUGAACUGAAGAAAAGGGCUUAUCUGGCUCGCUUUCUAGUCAAACUGGAGGUGCCAGCAGAGUUUUUGCAGGACGAUGUUAUCACUGACACCUACCACCAGUAUGAAGAGCUGGUGGCAAGUUUUAAGAUCUAUCACAAGGAGUGUGAGCUGCUGAGGACUUCAGGCUUCUCCACAGCAGAAAUCAGAAGGGAUAUUGGCGCGAUGGAGGAGGAGAAAGACCAACUAAUCAAACGUGUGGAGAGGCUCAAGAAGAGGGUGGAGACAGUGUCCAACCAUCAACGGAUGCUGGAACAGGCCAGACAGCUGCGAGUGGAGAAGGAGAGAGAGGAGUCCCUCACUCAACAGAAGCAAGAACAGAAGAAUCAGCUGUUCCAGGCAGAGCAGAGACUGCAGAGAUCGCAGCAGCAGUUGAAGGAUUUGCGACUGGCAGCAGCAGAUGCCAAUCCAGAGAGCUUAAUGAAGAGGCUCGAAGAGGAGAUCAAGAUCAACUCCUACAUGGUCUCUGAGAAACUCCCCAAAGAGCUGGAGAGUAUGAGGCGCACAGUGCAGAACCUGCAGAAGAUAGCAUCAGAGCCUGCUAUGGGCCAGGCUGAUAUCCAGGAGCUGCAGGGCAAGAUAAAAGAAGUUAUGUCCCAGAUGAACCAGCUUGUUGACAAAAGGAUGAUGAGAAAUGACCCCAUGGAUGACAAGUUGACCCUUUACAGGCAACAGGCCUCCAUCAUCAGUCGAAGGAAGGAAUCGAAGGCAGAGGAGCUUCAAGAAGCGAGGGAGGAGCUGGCUGCCGCAGAGAGGGAGCUGAGGCAGAGGACCAGCCAGGGACAAACCUCAGAUGGUGAAGAGAUAAUCCGGGGUGAUGAGCUGAAACGUCUGGUGGUGAAAUUGCGCAGCAAGGGAACAGUAUACAAGAAGAAACGUCAGGAAAUCGCUGAGCUGAAAGCAGAAUACGGAGUCCUGCAACGGACAGAGGAAAUUCUCAGGGAGAGACAUGAGAUGGUCCAACAGAAGCUGCAAACUGUGGAAGCUGAGAAAGGUAUCUCUGGCUACAGUAACACUCAAGAGGAACUGGAGAGGGUGUCGGCCAUCAAGAGCGAGCUGGAUGAGAAGAAGGGCCGCACGCUGGACGACAUGUCUGAAAUGGUGAAGAAAUUAAACUCCAUGAUAGUGGAGAAGAAGUCUGCUCUUGCACCAAUUAUAAAAGAACUGAGGACACUGAGACAGCAGUGUCAGGAACUAAGCCAGGAGUAUGAGGAAAAGAAGGCGCAGUACGAAAGUUGUACUGCUGGUUUGGAGAGCAACAGGUCAAAAUUGGAGCAGGAGGUGAAAGCAUUGAGAGAGGAGACUGCACAGGAAGAAAACCGUUAUCAUUAUAUCAAUUCCAUGUCAGAGAUCGUUGAGAUGCAAAUACAGAGGGCAGCUGAAGAGAUGAAGGCCUAUGUGUCCUCUGAUCCACAGGAGAGGAAGAAAGCCAUCAGGGAAGUGUACAUGAAGAACAUCUCAGAACAGGAGUUACUCGGCAAGAAGUUGCGUGAGAAGCAGAAGAUUGUGAGGGAGAGCCACGGCGCCAACAUGGAGCAAAUGAAGAUGUGGCGUGACCUGGAGCAGCUGAUGGAGUGCAAAAGGCAGUGCUUCAUCAGGGCUCAGAACCAGGCAUCUAUUGGCCAGGUCAUCCAGGAGGGAGGAGAGGAUAGGCUGGUGCUGUGAGGGUCAACUGCAGGUCACCUCCAGUACAUUCAGUAUACAGAGUUCAAGUUAAUAUUCCAUACCUUUCUGUAACACAGCUUUUUACUCUAUAGUUGUUUAAUGUAAACUGUUAGUGGACACUAGGACAUUUGAAUUACAGACAGAAAGCACAUAGUUUGUUGAACGGUUUAGUGUGACUCAUCUUUGCCAUCAAGUUCCAAUUGAUUGUAACUCUUUGGCAGUGACACAGUUUGAGGUCUUUUUAGAAUCCACUACUUUAAGGACACACAAUCAAUAGGUGUCGCGGGACACAGAUUUUCACUCUGUCUGGCCCCUGGACCCUCCAUUUUGCCACAUCUUUAAGAAUACAUGUCGAAUUAAAGUGUCCAAAGAUAACAGCCGACAAAGUGGUGCACUUGGGAUGUGACCGCGGUCAACUAUUUUUGGCAGCGACUACCAUGACCUUGGGCAGGGUGUCUUGCCAAUUUUGGAAUUCACUGGGAGCUCCAUUGCUUUGGACAUUGCAGAUUGUGCCUGUUUGUCAUUUAAAAUACAACAUGCAUUAUUUUUCUGUAUGAAAUACUUAUUUCAAGAUAAACUUUGGUGUAAGACACAAGUAGAUAUUUUGGUUGUCUGUGUAUUUCUAUUAAAUAUACUUUAUAUUCA